CUGCAUACCGGUGGGGCACCUUGCAAAGGUCAGCGACUCCCACAGCAUCACAUGGUGAGAACCAAGACAAAAAUACACAAGCGUAGUGUCACCACCAUCCUACAAAGUCCUAUUUUCUAACUGUAUUGGAACAUUCUCAUUUUCUGGAUAAAGGCGUUGUCCUGACCCCCUUUUUUAUCGUUUUAGAGCCCAUAACGUUCCCCUUUGCUUUCACACAGCUGCACAUUCAGCACCUGUUAAAAAGAUUGCAGAGCAACCCUCAAAGUUUCAACGACAGGAAACUCUCUGGGUCGCUCUUCCAUAUGUGCAUGUGUGUGUUUGCAUGUGUGUGUGUGGGUGUGUGUGUGUGUACGAGACACCGCAUCAAGUCUGUUUGCAGUCUUAGUUAUAAUAAGAGAGGCGGAUGAUGACAUCUUCACACCCAAGCUCAUGGUGUGUAAAAAAGUUGCUCUCUCGACAAAUAGCUCGGCAGAAUAAAUUCAGGUCUGAAUAAAGGGAAUCUUGAUGGCGGCAUCUGAAAUCUGACAUUAUUGGACAUUUGAGGAAAGAUUCAAUUAAUUUAACAGGCUAAAGCAGAAGUUUCAGAAAGGCUGAAGACAUCAUCACACACAAAAAAGAUGGGAUGCGCCUGCAGUUCGGACUCAGACAGCGAAUGGAUGGAGAACUUGGACGAAAUUUGCGAACACUGCAACUGUCCAAUUCCUCCCCAGGCCUGCAAUCCAUACACAGAUCAGGUGAUUCCAUAUCCAUCACAGUAUACGCCCCCGAUGUCACCUUUACCAGAUAACAUUGGGGUGGCCAUUUACAGCUAUGAUCCCAAACAUGAAGGAGACCUGGGCUUUGAUAAAGGAGACAAACUCAAGAUCAUCAACAAGGACGACGCAGAGUGGUUCCUGGCCGAGUCGCUCACCACAGGCCAGCAGGGCUACAUUCCCCACAACUUCAUCGCAAUGACCACGGUGGAGACUGAACCGUGGUUCUUCAGGAACGUCUCUCGAAACGAUGCUAUGAGGCUCCUCCUGGCUCCCGGGAACACGCAGGGCUCUUUCCUGAUUCGAGAAAGCGAGACUUCCAAAGGGUCAUAUUCAUUAUCAGUCCGAGAUUUGGACCACAACACGGGGGAAGGCGUGAAGCACUACAGGAUCCGCAACAUGGACGAUGGAGGCUUCUACAUCACAACCAAAAUAUCUUUCAACUCCCUGAAGGAGCUCGUCCAGCAUUACUCCCGUGAAUCAGAUGGAUUGUGCACAGUCCUGGUGAAGCCCUGUCAGUCCAGGGCGCCGCAGAAACCCUGGUGGCAGGACGAGUGGGAGAUCCCCCGCGAGUCCCUGAAGCUGGAGCGCAGGCUCGGAGCUGGACAGUUCGGAGAAGUCUGGAUGGGUAUCUACAACAACGACAGGAAAGUGGCAAUAAAGAAUCUGAAAAUGGGCACCAUGUCAGUGGAGGCUUUCAUGGCAGAAGCCAACAUGAUGAAGAACCUGCAGCAUGCUCGUCUCGUCCGUCUCUUCGCCGUAGUUACCCAGGAGCCUAUAUAUAUUGUCACAGAGUACAUGGAAAAUGGGAGCUUGGUAGACUACCUGAAAACACAGGAGGGAAGCAGCUUACCCAUCAACACACUCAUAGACAUGUCGUCACAGGUGGCUGACGGCAUGGCGUUCAUCGAGCGAAAGAAUUAUAUUCAUCGAGACCUGAGGGCUGCCAACAUUCUAGUUUCCCAUGAACUCAUCUGCAAAGUCGCAGAUUUUGGCCUUGCAAGAUUGAUAGAGGACAAUGAAUACACAGCCAGAGAAGGUGCAAAGUUCCCCAUUAAAUGGACCGCUCCAGAAGCUAUAAACUAUGGCACUUUCUCCAUAAAAUCUGAUGUGUGGUCAUUUGGGAUUCUUCUCACAGAAAUAGUGACAUACGGGCGUAUUCCUUACCCAGGUAUGUCCAACCCAGAAGUGAUCCAGAACUUGGAGCGGGGAUACAGGAUGCCGGCGCCAGAAAACUGCCCUGAUGAGCUUUAUGACAUCAUGAAGGAGUGUUGGACGGAGAGACCAGAGGACAGACCCACGUUUGACUACCUGAAGCACCUCCUGGAGGAUUUCUUCACUGCCACAGAGAGGCAGUACCAAGAGUAGCUGCAAUGGACAGAAAAAGACAUACAGAGACACAUACAUGUGUAAUCAAACUAACAGCAUGACUGUUGACAGCCAAUGCUGGAUUUUAAACUGUUUGCUAUGGAGUAUAAGUGCAGGGGCUGGGACGAUUAACAUAGUGGUGCUUUGUUUCUGCAUCAACCUAACCUGGAAAACAUUUGCCAUAAUCUCUGAUGGAAAUGUGCGAGCAGGGGAGAGAAUUGUGAUGAUCCUGCUGAUUGAGUAAACGGGGGACUCAGUACUGGGCUGAAUAAACAGCUGCACUCCUGGUGCUUUUACAGUAACAUGUAAAUAACUGCUUCGGUUGAAUUUUACCUCCACAGUAUGAUAACAGUUUUAUUUACAGUAACAAACUUUUUGUGAAUGCUGUGUAUUGUUGCAUAAAAUAAGCCAGUUGAGCAGAAUAUUGUUGUGAAGCAUAGUAACUAUAAAAAAGGUACAUUAUGGAUGUUUUUGUUAUUAUUAUAGAGAAUGAAUGUCUAAUGUAUAAAUAGGAAAAUAAGUAUUCCUGGAAAUGUGGUGAUUAGUGUGCAUCAGAUACUGUUUUAAAGAUCCUGUAAAUACAUCUUCAUUUGCUUUCUGUUUCUUUUUUCAGUCAAAAUUGAUAUAUUUAUGUCUGUUACUUUUUAUAGUACCAGCAACCCAUUGAGUAAACUCAGGCAAGAUACAUAUUUUAAAAAAA